AUGUACGGAGGUCCUUCUCACAUUGACCUUCAAUCAGAGCCACCAGCAGGCGGCGCUCAUAUAUCCGAGAGAUGUCCGGAUCGGGGCCCCACACGGCCCUCUGCGGGGCCGAACUUGGGAAGCAGAGGAUUCCAGAAGUCGGAGGAGCAGCGCAGAGCGGAGCUGGGGGCGAAGAGGCCGCACUCUGACGAUCCCUCUCACCCGCCAGGUGGGGCGAGUGUGGCGAAGAGGCCGACGUUGGACUCCUCCAGCCCCUCCCGCGUUAUGGGUACGUUGUGGAUCCCCCCAGAUGAUGGAAAAUGUCCUCUGAUGAGUGUGAGGAACUGCGUACGGAAGAUCCCCAACUGCUGGGCCCCUCCGCCUCCUGCACGUGGCUCUGCCGCCGGGUCCACAUUCCCCGAGCCGUGUCACCCCCGGACCGGCAUACAAGGUGGCAGCAUGCCAGGGAAGAUGGUAGAGGUGAAAGAGGAGAGGAGUCUGAGCCCCAAUCCUACACCCAUGAGACAGUGGAUCCCGCCCACCAGGAGCCCCGGGAACAGCCCCGACCAAUCAGGGGCCUCAUCCACAAACAUCCACCUGAGCGGCAUUAUGAGACUGAUGGAGGAGAUCCCGGUGGCAGAUUCCAGCAGUUCUUCCCGUGCGAUGUACAACAUCGCCAUCGGACACUCCAUGAUGAGGAGACCCGACAGAACCAACUUCCUGUCAUACUACAAUGGUGAGAAGAGAACGGCUGGUGGCGUCAUGGUUUGUGAUUUGGGGCGAUGGCGCCAUUAG